AACUAUACACUUUUUAUUUAAUUAUAAAAAGAAUAAAAAAUAGUAUAAAUAAAAAUAAAUAAAAACCUGUUCUGGAGGCUAAAAUCUCUAGGGUUCCAGUUCCACUCCUCAUCAUCCUGUCAUCCAUAACCAACGGCAAUGUUCCACCACCUCGCCGCCAGUAUCCUCAGCCGCCGGACUACCACAACCGUCACCACCACUACAACCAUUAUUAUCACCACCAUUAUCGCCAUAUCUAUCUGAGAAUAAUAUAACUAAUCAACCCCCUUCUGUUGCAACUAUUAUCUCUUUGUUGAAAGAUGUCUCUUGCGUAUCAGCAAAUGUCCGCUUUCAAGAGCUCGAAUUCCUUCGCUAAUGACUCUGCGUUCCGAUUUGUACGCCCAAAUUCAACCACCACUCGCAAUAGGACUACACGAUGUGUAUCCCCAAAAGCAGCUGUGAUCCCCAAUUUCCAUCUACCAAUGCGUAGUUUCGAAGUUAAAAACAGGACCUCUACCGAUGAAAUCAAGUCGCUGAGAUUAAUAACUGCUAUUAAAACUCCAUACUUACCAGAUGGGAGGUUUGAUCUAGAGGCUUAUGACGCGUUGGUGCAUAUGCAGAUUGAAGACGGUGUUGAUGGUGUAAUCGUUGGCGGCACCACCGGUGAAGGCCAGUUAAUGAGUUGGGAUGAGCACAUUAUGCUCAUUGGUCACACCAUCAACUGCUUCGGCACAUCAAUUAAGGUCAUAGGAAACACCGGAAGCAACUCAACCCGAGAAGCAAUCCACGCAACCGAACAAGGUUUUGCGGUUGGAAUGCAUGCUGCGCUUCACAUCAACCCGUACUACGGGAAAACAUCUCUAGAAGGCAUGGUUUCUCACUUCAAAUGCGUUCUUCCAAUGGGCCCGACAAUCAUCUACAACGUGCCGGGCAGAACGGGCCAAGAUAUCCCGCCAAGUGUCAUCCAAUCUCUAGCCGAAAACACCACCAACUUAGCCGGUGUCAAAGAAUGUGUAGGACACGAGAGAACAGAACAACACACCAAAAAAGACAUUACGGUUUGGAGUGGAAACGACGACGAGUGUCAUGACGCAAGGUGGGAUCACGGGGCUACAGGCGUAAUUUCGGUUGCGAGUAAUUUGGUUCCGGGGUUGAUGCGAGAACUCAUGUUUGAAGGUAAGAAUUCAGCCCUUAAUGCGAAGCUUUUGCCUUUGAUAAAAUGGUUGUUUUGUGAGCCCAACCCGAUCGGGUUGAACACUGCUCUUGCUCAACUCGGGGUUGUAAGGCCCGUUUUUCGGUUACCGUAUGUGCCCCUUUCUUUGGCGAAGAGGGUCGAGUUUGUCAACAUAGUUAAAGAGAUCGGGCGUGAGAAUUUCAUCGGAGACAAAGAGGUUGAGGUUCUUGAUGAUGAUGAUUUUAUCUUGGUUGGUCGAUAUUAGUGGUUAGUUAAGUUAAUUUAAUAAUGGAGAGUUAAACUUUGUUUAUGAUGUUUUUUUAAGACUUGCCAGUUACCCCAGCUUAGGGUUUAAGACAAGAUUUUGUUAUUAUCCUCAACUUGUUCUUUUAGUA